CUCUCGGAAACCCUCAAUACCCUCGAAAACUCUCAAUACCCUCAGAAACCCUCAAUGCCCUCGGAAACCCUCAAUGCCCUCGAAACCCACAAGAUCCCUCAGAAGUAACCGAUCCCUCGAAACCCGCAAGCUCACGCUGGGGGGAAACACGGUUCCCCCGCCAGGUGAGCAUGUAAAGUGUUAUCAAAUGUUUUCAGAUAUCAUCAAGAGAGGAAGGUGGGUUACAUGCCGCAAUGGUCCAGGAAGUUGAGCAUGGUGCCGAAAGGAGGAAAGAGAAGAGACCUGUACCUAGGUAAGUAAGUUAGGGAUCCUGGGAUUUGUGGAAGGGUUUGUCGAGUGGUUUGUGGAAGUUUG